AUGAAAUUGCUCGUGAUAUUAGCCCUCAUUGCUGUCUCCAAUGGAGAUAAGCUGCAAAAGGCAUAUCUUCCCCCCCUUCAUGCCCAAUCUUCUGGAGGGUCCGGGAGCUUCCUUGAGACUCCCAUAUUAGGAAGAAUUGUUGUACCAGAAACAGAUGACGGUCACCAACAAAUACAAUAUGUCCAAAUUGCUGAUCACGGCAACAAUUAUAGAGAAUACCAUUCAAGACCAGAACGCCCUCAAGCUGCGAUUGAAAGGAAUGCGAAGAUCCUUCACCAAAGCUUUGAUAGCGAUGGCGAAAAAUACGCAUACUCCUUUGAAACUGAAAAUGGGAUAUACGCUGAGGAGAAGGGUGUAGCCACUCACGGAGUUUCAGCUCAGGGAGGUUUCUCAUACACUGGGGAUGACGGCAAACAAUAUAGCAUCAGGUAUACCGCCGAUGAAAAUGGAUUCCGUCCCCAAGGAGACCAUAUUCCCACACCACCUCCCAUUCCUAAGGAAAUACUUUUAUCUUUAGAGCAGAACGCACGUGAUGAAGCAGCUGGCAUUUUCGACGAUGGUUCUUACAACGCCAACAAAUACGAAGCUGAAAGUAAGUCUGUUUACGGAGUACAUCACGGGAAUCAAGUUCACGAGCAAGUUCAUGUUGAGCAUGCCCACAAUGAUGAAGACUCUGUAAUAACACAUUCCGCAGCUUCAUCCGGGUCAGAAGUUCAAGCUCCCAGACAUUACAUCCUAAUUGAUAGCCAGAACUUACCAACAAAAGCAUACCUACCUCCUCAAGUUCAAAACGUCCAAAUUCUAGAAGAUCGUAGUUCGAAUGGAAACAUCGCAUUCACCAGGACUCGUCCCAGCUUCAAUGUACUUGUGGAGCUAAUAGGCUUAGUCCUAGCGGAGAAAUUAGAUCGUACAUAUCUUCCACCACCUGGAUCAGAAUUUUCUGGAGGCAGUCCAGGGUCAAUAGAUGUUCCACUAGAGUUUCCUAAAGAAACGUAUGUUUCUGACUAUGGCAGCAAUAAUUUCAGAAAACCAGAAAUAGCGAUUGGCAUCAACCGCAUUGGCCCAAUACCGAUCAAUCAACAAUAUGGCAGUACAUCAGUACCAUAUCAAAAAAAUGAAUAUAGCUUUCCGUCAACUGAGUCGUAUGCAUUGUCAGAAAAUUCAACUAAAAUACCUGAUAAUGCUUCAAAAGAUUUCAUUCAAUCUCCUAAUUUGGGUGAUUUGAAAACCAAUUAUGAAAACUUAUAUAAGACGUCUUCAACCUCAAAGCCUGGCAACCUUUUUAAUAUAAUAGAAGAAACGAAAGAUAUUAAUAAAGUUGAUCUUACAAAUGACAAGAACUACGUUACAGAUAAUAAAAUAAGUGAUGAAAGUAAAAAAAUAUACGGUGGUAAUAUUGAUAGUAUUCCAGAAGUUGAUUCAUACUUUGCAAAACCUUCGUCACCUGCUACAUUUGACUUUAGUUUGUCAAAAUUAUACGAAACUGGUUCCAAUGUUUCAUCCACUCCGACUUACGAUAGUACAUCGAAUUUAUCUGAAAGUGUAUAUAAUACAAAACCAUCGCAACACAAAAUUAAAUCUGAUUUAAAGACAACAUUUAACAUUCCUUACACUUUUUCACCACGUACAGAAAGGAUACAAGCACAGAGAGACAGGGAAGCAGUCAUCUUAAAUUAUGAAAAUGAAAUUACUCCGGAUGGUUACGCUUAUAGCUUUGAUACUUCAAAUGGAAUCCAUGUUGAUGAAAAGGCAACUGCGCUAAAUGGAGUUCGGGCAAAAGGAUCAUAUUCAUACAUCGGGGAUGAUGGCAAACUCUACAAUGUCAGUUAUACAGCUGAUGAAAACGGAUUCAGGCCUGUUGGGGAUCAUUUGCCAUCUCCUCCACCAAUUCCUGAUGCCAUUAUGAAAAUCAUUGAACAGGCUACAAAAGAUAGAGAAGCAGGAAUUUAUGAUGAUGGAUCUUAUAAUGACAGUAAAUACGGCUAUAGAAAUUAUGAACCAAAAAGCAAAAUAGGAUAUUUAAAUAAAUAUAAAACAGGCGGGCCCCAAUUUACCAAAAAGCAAACAGACCAGAAAGAAAUCAAAAACAAGAAUAUUUAUUCAAAUAAAAAAGAAAUGGGAGACAAAUUGAAUACAAAUAAUUCAAUAUUUAAACCUCCGACCACGACUUUAUCGCCUUAUGAAAAAUAUGAAACAAAUAGUAAUAAUGAUGAAUUCAAAAUCACUGAAAUUCAAAAUGGAUAUAUUAAAGAUUCAGAAAAUGAAGGUAAUAUAUUAAGUCAUGAAAGUGACGGAACUGGGUACGAAUAUUCAAAACCUAUCAAAGACUUUUCUUUGGUAACAGACAAAAAAUUUGUCAAUAGAAUUUCAGAGACUCCAAAUCUAAAUACCGACGAAAUUAUUGAUAUGAAGAUAAACGAUAAUAUUUUAGGAAAACCGUUCAUGACACCAUACGUUUAUAAAAACGAUAAUACUUUCCUCGACUAUGACAACGAUGACUCAGUAUUGAAAAUACCAGGACAAUACCAAGAUCAAAAUAAAAAUCUACCGAGUGUUCAGAAUUUAAACACUGAAAUUCCAACUUUUUCAAAUUCAGAAUUGAACUCUACUAAUAAUGUAGGUGAGGGUACUGGGAUAACUAACAUUCUACCCCAAGAUAAUCAAGGAUAUUUCUAUCCUAAAACAGGACCAAAUUUCAACAACGAUGCUUACAAUCCUAUUGUAAUUUCUACCCAGAAAAAUAUAUCUGAAAAUCAAUCAACAGUGCCAAUCGAAUUUCCUUCAAGAUUACAUUUGACAGAUACAAAAGCAGAAACUAUUUCUAGCAAUCCAUCCCCAUAUGGAGACUUGAGUUUAUUCAACGACGAAACAAAUAUUCCAGAUAAUUCUAUAGAUCUGGAAGAAAAUCGAAUGUUUUUACAACAACAAACAACCCAACCUAAUAAUAAAAACAGUUAUGGUGAAUACAUUCCAGGACCUGCAAAUGAAUUAAAUUAUAAAGAAUACACAAUUAACAGAGAAAAUGCCAUCAAAGGCGAGGAUUUCAGUGGUCCGAAACAGGAACAAAAAUAUGACCCUCUUACUGGAUAUUACUAUUGA